UUGUCUUGCUCUGUCUCAGAGGUUCAAUAUGGGUGUGGAACAAAACAAUCAUGAUGCAGAGGAGGGAACUCUGUUGGUUGGCAUGGAGUACAGAACUGUCUCUGGAGUCGCUGGGCCAUUGGUUAUCCUUGAGAAAGUCAAGGGACCCAAAUAUCAAGAGAUUGUCAAUAUUCGUUUGGGAGAUGGAACAACUCGACGUGGUCAAGUCCUAGAAGUUGAUGGUGAGAAAGCAGUUGUGCAGGUUUUUGAAGGAACUUCUGGAAUUGACAACAAAUACACAACUGUUCAAUUUACAGGGGAGGUUUUGAAAACUCCUGUCUCAUUGGAUAUGCUUGGGCGUAUCUUUAAUGGUUCAGGGAAACCCAUUGAUAAUGGGCCUCCUAUAUUGCCAGAGGCUUACUUGGAUAUUUCUGGGAGUUCCAUCAAUCCUAGUGAGAGAACAUAUCCUGAAGAGAUGAUCCAGACAGGGAUUUCUACAAUUGAUGUCAUGAAUUCUAUUGCCAGAGGACAGAAGAUCCCUCUUUUUUCUGCUGCUGGUCUUCCUCAUAAUGAAAUAGCUGCUCAGAUAUGUCGGCAGGCUGGUCUUGUAAAGAGGUUGGAGAAGUCUGGAAGUCUCCUUGAGGAUGUGGAAGAGGACAACUUUGCCAUUGUUUUUGCAGCUAUGGGAGUAAACAUGGAGACUGCACAGUUUUUUAAACGUGAUUUCGAGGAAAAUGGAUCAAUGGAGAGAGUGACUCUAUUCCUUAACCUGGCCAACGACCCCACCAUUGAACGCAUCAUCACUCCUCGAAUUGCUCUCACCACUGCUGAAUAUUUAGCAUAUGAAUGUGGCAAACAUGUUCUUGUCAUACUAACAGAUAUGAGUUCUUAUGCAGAUGCUCUUCGUGAGGUAUCUGCUGCCCGAGAAGAAGUUCCCGGGAGGCGUGGGUAUCCUGGGUAUAUGUAUACUGAUCUGGCGACGAUUUAUGAACGUGCUGGACGUAUUGAAGGACGGAAGGGUUCCAUUACACAAAUCCCAAUUUUAACUAUGCCCAAUGAUGAUAUAACACAUCCCACUCCCGAUCUCACGGGUUAUAUCACUGAGGGCCAGAUUUACAUUGACAGACAGCUCCACAAUCGACAGAUAUACCCACCAAUCAAUGUCCUCCCAUCACUGUCUCGUUUAAUGAAGAGUGCCAUUGGUGAGGGGAUGACCCGUAGGGAUCAUGCCGAUGUAUCCAAUCAGCUCUAUGCAAAUUAUGCAAUUGGGAAGGAUGUUCAAGCAAUGAAAGCUGUGGUUGGAGAAGAAGCACUUUCUUCUGAGGAUCUGCUAUAUCUGGAAUUCCUAGACAAAUUCGAGAGAAAAUUUGUGGCUCAGGGAGCCUAUGACACCCGCAACAUCUUCCAGUCCCUUGAUCUGGCAUGGACGCUGCUUCGGAUUUUCCCCCGUGAGCUUCUCCACCGUAUACCAGCAAAGACCCUCGACCAGUACUACAGUAGAGAAGCCUCAAACUAGUGGAGGGAGAACGAAGCUCGCAACACGCUUGUGUCUCCGGCUUAAUCAGCAUUGGCAAUGAGGUUCUUAAAUUUGUUUUUACCGCCUUCCUUGCUUUUGAUUGGUUGCAUACCUCUCUCCUCUUUAUACUCCGACUCUACCCGGCAUGAAUAAUAAAGAAAAGGGUUGUGUUCUUUCGAGUCUCGGUACCCCACCAAAUAACACCAAUAUUUUAUUUUUUUCCUAAUGAGGACGUGGAUUUAGAUAUUGUAAUUUCUGUGUAUUUUAAAAUUCAUUGUUAUUAGUGUGUUUUUACACAGAUUGAAGUUUCAGGAUGAAGCAGGGCUUGUAGGAAAGCGAUGAUGUUUGUCUUAUUCUCCUAUUUAAGCAUGUAAUCUCAUCUCUUUGGAUUUUGCUUAUUAUUGGGAAACAGAGGCUGUUCCAUGUUUCGAUA